AUGGGAGGCUCGGGUAGUACUCGGGCUAAUCUAGAAACAGGUGUCCAACUUGCCUGGACUGCCGGUUCAAAUGCCACCCGAUUCGGUAUUGGUUGCAAGUACCAGUUAGAUAACGACAGUGCAGUCCGCGCCAAGAUCAAUAACGCUUCCCAGCUUGGCCUUGGCUAUCAGCAAAAACUCCGCCAGGGUGUUACCAUUACCCUAUCGUCAAUGGUUGAUCUGAAAAACUUCAACCAAGGAGGUCACAAAAUUGGUAUGGCGCUGGAAUUGGAAGCCUAAUUCAAGAAACGUGUUUUAGCUUCUCUUGCGCAUUGUGCUAGUUUCUCAUGUAACUUUAAUCAUUGGCAAUUAUGGCAGAACCUUAGGAAAUAAAGAUCCGUUCCAGUAGUA